AUGGUUGGCUUUGUUAUUCGUGUGUUCUCUUCCGUUGCCCACGCUCAUCUUCUACAAAAUAUUCUCAAAUUCUUCCGACAUCCUGUUAUUAUUAAUGGAAAUUUCGACGAGAAGGUAGCAAUCAUAAUAAUCAAGGAUACAUUAAAUAUUGGUUUGCGUCGAAUUAGAAUUUCAAAUAGAUUCAAUAAACAAAACGUGAAAUUAUGUUUUGUUGAUAAUCGAGAGUUUAAUUUCGAAAAUAGGGAUUUUUAUCGUCAAUUAGCUCGUGAUACUGGUGGUAAAUAUAUGAUGUUACAAGAUGCUGCACAUAUUCUUACUGCGGCUGUUUUAGCAACUCGUAUAGGCGAAUAUACACUUCGACAAGCAUUUCUUCAUAUUCCUGAAGAAAAUUAUCCGAUGCCUGCGAACAAUCAGGAUAAUAUCGAUGGAGAAAAUCAAGUAACCGAAAAUGGUGGAGAUCUGAUUUUCGAUCAUGGUCUAUCUUAUUAG